UGUGUUUACAUCCUCAACUUUUUUUUGGCUUUUAAGCGUAUAUAAACCUGCAAUGGAUAGCAGCCAUUCCUGCAGAGUAUGUUCACACAACAACCAGUAAAACUGACUAAAGUCUGUGUUAUUGUAGGAAUGAGAAGAUGUCCCAAAGUCAAUAAAUGUAUUUAGUCAUUUUUAUAUGAGAUUCAUUUUUUCAAAUAUAAGAUGAAAACAUAAACAAAAAAACUGAUUCUUGAUUCUGAUUGUGAUCAAAUAUUUUUGUUUAAUGACUGCUAAACCAUAUAAUUGACCAGUUCCUACACAGCUGUGCAAAUUUCAUGUCUCUUGAAUCACUCAAAUCAAUAUUUUUUGUCCAGUUGUUUAUUUAUUUGGUAAGUAGCUGUGAAAUAAUCUGGAUAAAGUACUGCCAGACGGUCGUUAUCGUGAAAUCUCUUCAGGGUUAUAAAAGACCCAUCUGUGUUAUUUUCCGAUAAUGAUCGUCUGAGUGUACAUUAUCCCUUACUCAUUCUAGGCUUUUAAACUUUUAUACUCAAGGGAAUGUUAAGCUCUCUCCUUUCCACAGUCAUCAAGCUGUACAUCAAUCAUCUGUACUCUUUAUCUUCAUGUCUUGCUCCGGUUGUGUGUUCAUGUGUGUGGGGAUGGAUGUGGAGGAGACUGGAGCAGGUCACAUGGAGGCAGCAGAAGAGGCGCCGGCUCCCAAGCGCAGCAGAGGCAGACCUCGCAAACAACCACAGAAGUCUGAUGAAAUCCUCGCUCCCAGGAGGCCGAGAGGGAGACCAAGAGGCAGUAAAAAUAAAGACCAGAGGGUCACAACAAAAAUAGAGGCACCCAAAGAAAAGAAACCGCGAGGUAGACCAAGAAAAUGGCCUCAGAAAACCAUUAAUCAGGAAGAACAGCAGCCCUCUCAUCCCGAGGUGGAGGGGGCGGAGUCAACAGAGGACCUGCCCACUCAGACUCCGCCUUCUGAAUUACAUCAGCAGGACAGUGGCUAAAACUACGUCAUUGGUGACUUCGAUAUUACAUUGGAGGUGAUGCUUCCUCUCAGCUGCAACUCAAUGGUUAAAUAGUUUAAUAGUUUAAAAAGCAGCCAUAACAUUUGUUUUCAGGUUCGAAAAUGUUAAUGUUCAGACUUCUGAGAACUGAACUGCUAGCAUCGUUUUGUAAUCAAAGAUUAGACUCAAAUUGCAUCCAGGAACUGCAAAACAAUCCCAAUGAGGAAGGGGCCAUUUAUUUAACAUUGUAUGUCUCAGGAUUCUGGAGACAGAUGUUACCAAAGCUUGAAAUUGAUCAUUUUACAGUUGAAACACGGUGCAUUUUUAAAUGAUUUUUAAGUGUGUGAUAUCUUGUAUUGUUUUUAGUGUUUACAGACGACAAAAUGGAUUGAAAAAUGUCAUUGUGUUCUUGUGAAAAUACAAAUAAACUGGCUUAUUUUACAACAGUCAAGACUAGUAACGAGACAAAAAUGCCUUAAUUGAUUAACAAAUCAUUAGAAUUCAAAACAAGAAGUUGAAAUUGAGUACCUCAGCACCACAAACCUCAUUUAUACUCUAAUAUGUAGUGUUUUUUUAAUAUAUAUUUAAAUAUAUAUUUUAUAAUGGCCAGUCUCUGGAGUGUAACAGGAUUAUUUUUGGCACUGUAUUAUCUUUUCAAAAUAUAUAUAUUUUUAUAUAUCAGACAAAUGGCAGUUUUGGUACACAUUCUGUUAUUUCGCUGACAUGGUGGUGGUAUUUACAACAUUACUGAUGUUUGAAGCAUCUCUCAUUGAUUUUAGGACAUUGAAAUGACAAUACAAUUGAAAGAUUCUGGUUUCUUGAUAGCACACGAACAUGUUUGUUUAACUAGAGAAUCAAACGUUUUUUUGUGGGACUUAAACGUAUUUGUCUGUGAAUCUCUUCUUUUUCUUUUUUAACUGGAACCUUUAUUGGUAGAUUGCUACUAAAUAUUGCACAGAUACAUCAUGUGUGUAGAGCUAAUUUAGCCAUGGAAAACCUGGAAGUAUCAGGGAAUUUUACAAAUGUGUUUUCCAGGCCUGUAAAUUAAUACAAUCUCAAAAGUCAUGAAAAUUUCGAUAGUGAGUAUAUCUUUUUCUAGUUUUUCUCUGCUCUAAAAUAUUUCAGGAGCUAAAUACUGCUCGUGUUUAGAGUAGAGCAAUAGUGAAGAGUAUCUGAAUGGUCUUAAUCCAAAUGAUUGUGAAAAAUCUGUCUAAUUGUGGAAAUGACUUGGUCAUAAAGGGUGGGAAACUUGCUUUUAAUUAAUAGAAUUUAUUAUACUCUGUCUAAUAGAGUCUAAUAAAUGUUUUCUAUUCUUCAGCGGUCAGUAAUGCU